AUGGCGGGGAACGACUGCGGCUCGCUGCUGGAUGAGGAGCUCUCCUCCUUCUUCCUCAACUAUCUCGCGGACACGCAGGGUGGGGGAUCUGGGGAGGAACAACUCUGCACUGACUUUCCGGAGCUCGACCUCUCCCAGCUGGAUGCCAGCGACUUUGAUUCAGCCACCUGCUUUGAGGAGCUGCAGUGGUGCCCAGAGAACUCUGAAACCGACCCCAGCGAGUAUAGCCCUGAUGACUCGGAGCUCUUCCAGAUAAUCGACAAUGAGAAUGAGGCCCUCCUGGCAGCGCUCACCAAAACCCUGGAUGACAUCCCUGAGGAUGUUGUGAGUCUGGCUGCCUUGCCAGCCCUGGAGGAUGGAGACACACCCUCCUGUGCUUCUGCAUCACCUGUCCCCUCCUCUGCACCCCCCAGCCCCUCUCUGGAGGGGCCCCCUGCCUCGGCCCCUGAGGUGGAUGAGCUCUCGCUGCUGCAGAAACUCCUUCUCGCCACGUCCUACCCAGCCUCGACCUCCGAUAGCCAGAAGGAAGGGACCACAUGGCGCCAGGCAGGCCUCAGGUCCAGAAAUCCGCGGCCUUGUGUCAAGAUGGAUGGCCCCCAAGACAGGAAGGGCCCCACUCCACACUCUCAGAGCCGGAGCUGCACGGAGCUACACAAGCACCUCACCUCGGCACCGGCCUGCCCUCGGGCUAAAGCCCUCUCCCCGGAUAGAGGCCUGCAGGCACCACCAUCCCUGAGUCCCUGGCUCCCCAUCAAGGAGGAUGAGGAGGCGGGCGAGGACUGCCCAAGCCCCCAGCUGGCUUCAGCCUCCCCCGGGGACUCAACAGUGCUGGGCAGGACAGACCCCAGCGCCCAGGUUUCCCAGGAGGACAUGCAGGCCAUGGUGCAGCUCAUCCGCUACAUGCACACCUACUGCCUCCCACAGAGGAAGCUGCCCACACAGGCCCCAGAGCCAGCUCCACAGCCCAGUAGCAGCCCCGCCAAGCAGGUCAGACCCCGGCCUCGGUCCCAGCACCCUUCCAAAGCCACCUGGACCGAGUUCUCCAUCCUGAGGGAACUUCUGGCUCAAGAUGUCCUCUGCGAUGUCAGCAAACCCUACCGUCUGGCCACACCUGUCUACGCCUCCCUCACGCCCCGGCCCCGGCCCAAGGACAGCCAGGCCUCCGCCGGCCACCCGGGCCCCGUGGAAGAGGUGAGGGUCUCACCUUCACCCAAGAGUUCGGGGCCCAGACCCAGCCUGCGCCCGCUGCGACUGCAGGUGAAAGGGCAUGUCAGCCGGUCGGCCAGGCUGCAGCCGGAGGAGGAAGAGGAGGAAGAGGAGGAGGAAGAAGAAAAAGAGGAAGAGGACGAGGAGGAAUGGGGCCGGAAAAGGUCAGGGCGCGGCCUGCCGUGGACCAAGCUGGGGAGGAAGCCAGAGAGCUCCGUGUGCCCCGUGCGGCGUUCCAGGAGACUGAACCCUGAGCUCGGCCCCUGGCUGACGUUCACGGAUGAGCCCAUGGUCCCUGCAGAUCCCCAGGGGCCUCUGCCCUUGCGCUUGGCCCCCGAAGCCUAUGAUGUGGAGGGGGAGCCUGACAGCCCCACGGAUGAGGACAGUGGCCAAGACCAGCCGCUCCUGCGGGGACCCCAGAUCCCAGCUCUGGAGAGCCCCUGUGAGAGCGGGUGUGGGGACACGGACGAGGACCCCAGUUGCCCGAGGCUCUCUUCCAGAGACUCUCCCAGGUGCCUCAUGCUGGCCUUGUCGCAAAGCCCCACCGGUGACCCUCCUUUUGGCAAGAAGACCUUCGAGCAGACCUUGACGGUGGAGCUCUGUGGCACAGCAGGACUCACUCCGCCCACCACGCCUCCCUACAAGCCCGCAGAGGAAGACCCCUUCAAGCCAGACAUCAAGCACAGCCCAGGCAAAGACAGAGCUCCCACCUCGGAGGGUCCCCAGCUUGGGGCCACCACCGAGGCUGCCCACAAGCUGCCAAAGAAGCACCCAGAGCGGAGCGAGCUCCUGUCCCACCUGCGGCAUACCCCAGCCCAGCCAGCCUCCCAGGCUGGUCAGAAGCGCCCCUUCUCCUGUUCCUUCGGCGACCAUGACUACUGCCAGGUGCUCAAGCCAGACGGCGCCCUGCAGAGGAAGGUGCUGAGGUCCUGGGAGCCAUCUGGGGCCCACCUGAAGGACUGGCCCCAGCAAGGGGCCCCACAGGCUGAGGCCCAGGCCUCUGGCAGGGAGGGAGAUGGAAGCUGUAAUGUUGAUGCCCCCACCAAGGACAGCACAAUGCUGAGAGACCACGAGAUCCGUGCCAGCCUCACCAAGCACUUUGGGCUCCUAGAGACAGCCUUGGAGGAUGAAGACCUGGCCUCCUGCAAGAGCCCCGAGUAUGACACAGUCUUUGAGGACAGCAGCAGCAGCAGUGGUGAGAGCACCUUCCUCCUGGAGGAGGAAGACGAGGAGGAGGAUGACGAUGAAGAGGACUCAGGGGUCAGCCCCCCUCGCUCUGACCACUGCCCCUACCAGAGCCCACCCAGCAAGGCCAGUCGGCGGCUCUGUUCCCGCAGCCGCUCCAGCUCUGGCUCCUCAUCCUGCCGCUCCCGGUCACCAGCCACACGGAGAACCUUCAGAUGUGAGAGCAGAGGGUCGUGUUCAGACGGAACGCCAAGCGUCCGGCAUGCCAGGAAGCGGCGGGAAAAGGCCAUUGGCGAAGGCCGCGUGGUGUACAUUCGAAAUCUCUCCAGUGACAUGAGCUCGCGUGAACUGAAGAGGCGCUUUGAAGUGUUUGGCGAGAUUGUGGAGUGCCAGGUGCUCACGAGAAGCAAGAGAGGCGAGAAGUAUGGCUUCAUCACCUACCGGUGUUCUGAGCACGCUGCCCUGUCCCUGAGGAAUGGCGCCGCCCUGAGGAAGCGCAGUGAGCCCUCCUUCCAGCUGAGCUAUGGGGGGCUCCGGCACUUCUGCUGGCCCCGCUACACUGACUACGAUUCUAAUUCAGAAGAGGCCCUGCCUGCGUCAGUGAAAACCAAGUACGAAGCCAUGGAUUUUGACAGCUUACUGAAGGAGGCCCAGCAGAGCCUGCACUGAUAACAGCCUUAACCUUCGAGGAAUACCUCAAUACCUCAGACAAGGCCCUUCCAAAAUGUUUACGUUUUCAAAGAAAUUAAGUAUAUGAGAAGGCGAGAGAGCGAGCGCGUGAGAGAGAGAGAGAAACUCAGAACUGCUGUCGUUUUAAAAAAAAAAAAUCAAUGUUUACAUUGAACAAAGCUGCUUCUGUCUGUGAGUUUCCAUGGUGUUGAUGUUCCACUGCCACAUUAGUGUCCUCGCUUCCGACGGGUUGUCCUGGGUGGGCGCCAGAUGCUUGGUCCGGCACCCACCUCCCCUUCCUCCCUGACCGACGUCCCCUCGUAGACGUGCAGCUGUGUUCACCAUACCAUUUCUCGUCUGUAGUGUGUGAUGAUGAAAUCGUUACUCGUGAAUAGAAUCAGGAUUAUAAACUCAUUUCUAAUUGAAGAAAAAAAGUAUAUCCUUACAACAAUGUAUUUAUGGCUCAGACGUCCUGUGCCUGGGAUUAUUGUGUUGCUUCUUUGGUUUUGUUAACUAUGCACUGUCGUGAGGUGUUUGCCACUGACCUGCACCGCUCCCUUUGCCAGAAUGCCCCAGAGGUGCCGGCGGCCAGAAGCCUGGUCACCAGGGAGAGAGGCAUGCAGCCACCACCAGGAGCGCUGGAGAGAGGGCCUGCUUCUGGGCCUGUUCUGCCAAGCGCUGCCUUGUCUCACUGAGCAAGCUGGGGCCUGUUUACACUCAGAGUUUGUGCCUGGCCAUGAGUGCGCAGAUCCCUGAGGACCUUGGAAGGAAGGUGGGGUGAGCUGCAUUAUUCCCAUUUUCCAGGUGAGGCCUGCAGUGCCCCAGGAGGCAAAAUGACUUGCCCAGGGUUUCACGACCGGUGAGACUAUAGUGUCCCAGCCCAGGCCCCUCCUUCUGCCUCAGCUAGGGUAAAGAGGCAAAGUUGCAAGGACUGGUAGAGGUGGGUUCACCUGAAAAGGACAACAGGCUGGGCACCUCGGGGCUCAUUUUGGGGGGUGAGUUGGCAGCUGCCUUGUCAAUAUCAGGCAAGUUCAGGCUUUGGCACCAAUCUUGAUCCAAGGGGUCCUGGGUGUGCUUACACCUGUGGACACACCAUCAGAGCUUCAGGACACACCUGGAGUGAUGCAGAGAGGCGAUCUGGAGCAGUCGCCCUUUUGGGGCCAGCUACCACCUCAUCCUCCUUCAGCUUGACUUCCCUUUUCUUCACCUGUGAAGUUGUUCGGGUGGCAGGGGUAACAGGGAGCAGGAGGGGAUGUAAGGCAUGGGGAUAGGUAAGACAAUCUCCAAGCUCCUUUCCAACUUGGAAAACAUUCUCAUUGGGCUUUACUUUAAAGUUUGUGUUCUUGAGUGAUAUCAAAGCCAUGUCCAGCUUGGAUGUUCGGGAGGUGCCUUGGGGGCCAUUUGUGAGGGGGAACAUGGCCAGGCAGGGUAAGAGCGUACUGCUUCAGCUUCAGACAGAGUGGCUCCAACUUGGUCUUUUUCACACAUCAGAGUUCCUUGGGGAGUUUUUGUAUUUGGAAGAAAAGAAGAGAAAAAAGAUCCUGCUGCUUAAAAAAAGUUGAACUUGGCUCAUUUAACUAAACAAAGUAAUAUAAUAUAUUACUAAUGCCAAGCCUUGUUCUUUGGCAGUUGGUAGUUAUGGGGUUUGGAUUUUCUGUUUAUGUUCUUAAGAUUAUAAAAUACCUCAGUUGGUUAACUGGGCCGAUAAGCCUCUCCUGAGAGGUGAGCAUACUUCAAGCCCACAGAGAAGGUUGGAGGAGACUGGCAUGGGAAGAAACGGGGAAUCUGAGUUCCUAUGUAGCAAGUCACUUCACCUCUCUGGACCCCAGGUUUCUUUUCUGUGAAAUGGACCAAGGAGGAGAAUUAGGCAGGCUGAUCUCAGAGGUCCAUGCCGGCUCUGAUAGCUGUGGCUUCUAAGGUGGUAUCUAGCAAGUACAUGACAUAUGGGCCACUAUUCCCACAUCCUUGGCCAGUUGCAGACAUAACUAGUUGACCACUGCACUCAUGUUCUUUGAACUUGGUCAUGCUCAACAAUCCUCAUCACAGUGCUCUGAGCAGUCAUGACUAGUUGAUGAGAGGUUAACCUAUCUGACAUCCUGGUCUAAUCUUUGAAAGGUUUCUGUCACAGAGAACCCCGUGGUGGCCAGAUUUCAUGCUGGCCCAUCCCUCUAUGUCAUGUCCUGAUCUAUGAAGAGAAAAUUGCCCUUAAGCCAUUCCUUGGCGCAGGACUCCCAGUACUACUCCGACACAAUCCCACUUGCAGGUGGGGGCCAAGAGGAAUAGUGGACAGGAGUAUGUUUGGAGAAGACAGGGUUUAUGAGGAUAGACCAAAAAGACGAGUCUGAACAUUAUAAAUUCCCUUUAUAGCUGUUCACUGCCUAGCACACAGUAGGCACACAGUAAAUCGUUAUGGGAUAGAAUGGAAUGGAAUGGAAUAGAAUUUAAAUCACCUGAUGCCUCCCCUAACUCCUAAUUUGCACCAAUGAGUAAACUGAAAUUUCAUCCUGUGGAAAAAAUAGAAAGGAACUAUACAUUCAAAGUGGAGAAAGCUGCGUUGAGUACUGGCUUUGCCAAGAACUAACUCUGUGACUUCAGUAAGUCAGAGUCCCUUCCUCUUCCUAAGUCUCCCUAAGUCUCAGGAGGGGGUGGACUAGAAGAUCUCUAAGCCUCUCCUGUUUGCUUCUUCCUUGAUUGCACUAGACCAGAGGUUCUCCCAUGGGCAGGUGGUACUUUAGGGUGAAGAAAUGCAGAUUUUUAGUGAAGGACAAGUCUCUUCCCUCUACGGGGUCAGCUGAAGCUGCCCUUUCACUUCAGAUUAAUACAAGGCACUUGAAGGUUUUCAGAUGCUGGCUUUUGAGCAGAGAUUUGAGUUUAAUCCUGGUGAUAUGCUUAAGGUUGGGGCUGGGGCCUGCGGAUGGGAGAUGGUGCCUGCCGAGGGCAUUGAGCAGUUUCUUCUCACCAUCCCAUACGUAAAAGGAUACAAGUUCUAAAAUUGACCAACCCUGCAGACAACCUCCAUCCGAAGACUUAUUCGGUGCUGUGUAUUAUUUACCAAGGAGACUCCAAGGUCUCUCCAGGAAAACCAGUCAACCUUGGUCUCUUUCCUACCAAAUUAAGGAGUCACCCAGAGGGAGCAGCUGCCAUUGGCAACCAUCUCAUUGUAGCUCUGUCCUAGUAUUUGCUCUCCGUCAUGUUUACAUGUGAUUGCCAUACAAGCUUACAGUAGACUGUGUUGGUAGCCACCCACACAAGGCAGGUUGUACUGUCCAUCUCUGUGCCGUGCUGGUGUUUUCCAAAUAUGUUCCAUCUAAAUGCUAAGUGGAAUUCUUCCAUCUCCUUCCUCAGUCGGUACAAGGCUGAAUCAGAAUCCUCACUCUCGGGGGCUCUGGUUAAUGAAGGAAAAUGCAUCAAAGAGGUAAAGAAUAUGAGUGGAUGGAGUGCAGCUAAGGCCCUGACCCUCUUCUCCCCAUCACACCUUGCCCCCCAAUCAGAACACUGCUUUGAGGUAUCAAUACAAAGCACCAGUCAGGUGUCUACAGCUGCUGUGGGCUCUCAUAGCCCUGUGUGUGGAAUGUGCUCAGGAGAGAGGCGAGGCUUUGGGAGCUCCAGGGUGGGAGGAGGAAGGUGGGGGAGGGGGGGAUGCUCUGAACUGCAAAGACUCGGUACUCAGGUCCUUAUGUGGGAAGAGAUGCAGUAAGAAAUCUUUCUCGCCUAAAGCCUGUGUGUGUUGAUGUUCGGAGAGCAAUUCUAGGCGUGUGCAACAUGCACGCUGAGGGGACAGGGACGGCAUGACAGUGCAGCCCUUCUGCAUGGACAGCUUGAAACCCUAUUCCAGGCCUGGGGUUCAGUUGAAAUGACAGCUGAGCCCCCAGCUUGAGCGAUGGGAUGUCCCAGCUGUGAAGCAGAAUCAACCCCAAAGGAUUUGUUGAUCUGACUCACUCAUGUUGAAACUGCAGUCUUUUCUUACCGUUUGUGACUUAGCAAUUGUCCUCAGACAUGACCAAGGAAAGAAGUUGAAUGUAUAGUAGCAAAUAAAGCGAACCUAAUGGUUUCAAUGGCCAAAGAAGAGGGAUCCUUCCCAUUGGGGCAGAAGGAAACCAGUUGAUGCUUAUGUGCAAUAUGUUUAAGCUGGGCCCCAAGUCCCUGAGACGUUUGCACACAUAGAUGGGCUCCAGGACUGUCUGCUGAGUCCAGGGGUACAGGGUAAAUGGAGGGAGAGCUCAGGAACUGGGAAACCUUCAUGCAUAGAGAUGCCCUUGGCUCAAAACAGACAUAGAGCGGAGGGCCCCUGGAGCCGGCUGUAGAACGCCCAGGAAGCAGGCAGAGGCUGACUUUGCAUUAAGCCAAUAAAAGCACUUUGAGAAAACCAUGACACUAAGCCUGGCUCCAUGUUUCUAUACUGGCAAACAUGGAUCUCCCUGGGCUAUGUGAGGUCCUCUCCUAGGCAUUGGGACAGGGGGCCAGCAAAGGGGCUGGUGAGGGAGGAAGGCAGAGAUGCCUUCAUAGAUAUCAGCCAAGGGAGAACCCAUCCUAGGGCCAGUCCUGAAAAUGGAGCGAUGCUUUUUGAUCUGGUACCUAUUUUUGUAAAAAAAAAAAAACGAAGACAGCACAGCCAAUUGAAAUGGGUUUGCAGAGUAAGUCACUUACCUAUAAGCCAUCUUAAAGUGAGAAACCCAAUGUUUCUUACUUUCUAUGUGAUCUUGGGCCUCUGUUUCCUCAUUUACAGAUGGGAAUGAAUAUUGGAUGGGCUGAGCGCUAAAGUCCCUUUCACCUCUGAUGGGCUAAGAUUCCCAUCCUGGAGCAUCGGGAAACCAUCAUUAACUCAUGAAACCAAUUCCAUUCUCUGGCUGUGCCCAGCUUAUGUUCAGGGUGAGAGUUCUCUGCAAGGUAACCAACUAGCAGGGAAUUCAAAUCCACAUGGUCCUGGCCGAGUUACCUUAUAUGAGGAGGCCAGCUCCCCAGGACAGAUCUAAGCCAUAGUUUCUGGUGGGGAUGGUGAGAAGUUAAACCCCAGCUUGGCUGGAUGGUGAUGUCAGAUCUCACAUUAGCUUUGUCAUCGUCCCCACCAAACAGCUUUCAAUCCGAAUGUUGUGACCACUUGGCUGUUUCUCUCUUGCUCUCAGACAAUACUAGCAAUACACUUGUUUUUGCAAAACAGCUUAACUUAGGCACUUUUCACACAUUUGUUUCAAAUGAUUGUAAAACAUACGGGGCAACAGGAGGCAUGGAUCACACUGCAUAUGUUUAGGGCAGCUUUUGUUUUUUGUUUCUUUAAUGGUAUAGCAGUGGUAGCUGAGGCUCUGAGAUUUUGUGGGGCAGAUUUUCAGAAAACUCCAGUUCAUCUGAAUGCCUUGCACAUGCAGAAGCAGCACAGAAAUCCAACUGCCCAAACUGGGGGCUCGGAGAAUAGGGUUUUGUAGGUGGUCAGUCCCUGGGCUGUGCAACAACACCUCCGAGAGGUGUUUUAUAGCUAGGACCCCCUCUGUGCUGUAUGUUUUGUCAAAGGAUCCUCCAGACCUCCACUUUGCCAGCCUCGCUCAUGGGUGACUUUUGAAGGGAUUGGUCAGCUUCCACCUCCGCACUUUGCCUUAUCAAUGUCUAGUCGCCAUCUAGUGGCCAAAGACUGUAUCCACCAGCUACCCAGAUAGAAGGCAAAUAAAGCCUUUCAACCACCUUGCAGUCCAACACCAAUGUUGGGAAUGAAAUGCAAGGACAUGAGCGAACUGUCUAUGUGUUUAGAGCCCAGUGUAACACCAGUCAGAAGCCCCAGAAGCAACCACUCAGACAGAAAAAUACACUAGUUCUCCUGAGGGCAGCGGAAACACGAGUGGACCUGGCCCAGGUGCCCAGGAGGGGUUUACUGUAACUGCAAUACUGGCAGCCCAGCUGCUGACCUUGUUAAGUGAACCUCUGCUAGGUGGCCCCCACUGGACCCUCAGGACAAGCAGAGAGGUUGUGCGUGAGGAUUUUGUGGGGGCCUGGCCGUGGCCUUUGAUAUGGUCUACCGAAUAGCCAAACAGCUUUUAUUUGCUUGUUUUGUAUUUUGUAUUUAAAAAUCUUGUCAAAUGUUUUUGUGUUAGGAAUAAAAAGUCAUAAACUACUCCCAACUUUGUUUCUUGAGGAAUGUUCUGAUUCCAACAGAAAGAGGUUGGAAAUCUCAAGGGGUGUGUGGUCAGGAUGGUCAGUGGACCAGGGAAGUGGACCGCUUGGAUUUCCAAAUGGUUUCAGUGGAAGAUGACCAUCCAGAAGUCCAACUUGGGGCAGUCUGCUCCGGAAAUUCGCACCCACCCACCCCCUUCACUUCCUUGUGCUGCGAUAUUAGCAUUAGCAUUGGCUUGGAGCAUCUGCUUCUUCCAGAGGUGGCUGCUAAUGUUGAAACCAACCCAAGAUUCCUCCCCCCACCCACCCCAGGUUUCUAAAGAGAUGGUGUCUGUAGCUAGCCUUAAUUGACAGGGCAAGGUGGUCCCUAUGGUCCUUCCAGCAUUUCCAAAUCUUGGACUCAAAUUCUUUUCUCUUGGUGUGACCAUGCAGCCUAGAGAAUUCUGAGCAAUAGGAAGCCAGGGCUUUCCCCGGCUCUGUAACAGGGUCAAACCAGCGAAUGGCUCACCUUGUGAGGUUUGGGUAUCCCCAGGGGUACUACCAUAGGGGGCAUUAUUUAUUAGGAAGCUCAACAAGGUAACUACAGCCUGGGGUGCGUGAGUGCAAGGCUGUGUGUGUGUGUGUGUGUGUGUGUGUGUCUGCACGCCUAUGUUUGUGUGUGUGUGGAAUUACAUUGAUGCAUUUCUUGAGAAAGGUGCAAGAAUUUCACCUACACAGAGGGACACAUCUGCUUUGUUAUUUAUAAUAGAAAGCUAAAUUUUAAUUUUUUAAAGGACACUGCUAAUGAUUGAGAAUCGAGUUUUUAGUUUUGCUAUUUUUUUUAAUUGGUAGAGGAUUUUUUAUAUAUUUUUUCCAUUUUGUUGGGUUGUGUCCUUAUUUAUAUAAAUACUUUAUCUGUGAGAGGCAAGGAAGAAAACUUCUUUGCUUUUAAUUAUUGUGGUUGUCAUUGUCCCUAUUUUAUUUCUGAUGUGAUUUAUCUGUCUUACCUUCUAAAUGAGAAAAUGUUUUCCUGUAUUUGUACAUUGUCAGAUUCUAUAGUUUCAUAGAUAAUUUAACCAAAUUGCUCUAUGUAUUAUUAUCCUGUGAGUAUAAAGUUCUAUUUUAACGUCUGUAAAUACUUAAGAACUGGCUUCUUUUCUCAAACUCCCACUGUGGAGUUAUUGUUUACAUCACAAAAACUGUAGAAUCUCUAUGCUCAUGUACUGUAAAUAGUGAAGUGAUCUGCUUAUAAAUAAACUUAACAAAUACACUAUGGAGAUUAAAAAGGAAAUAUCACCC